CGAAAUUUGGUCUCAUGAUGAGCAAAACUACACGAAAAUGAACGCACUUUGGGGUUUUAUUGUGCUAGUUCACCAGACAACGAACGCGCAUUUGACCGAGCGUAUAGGGUGUGGCAAUAUAAAGUUCAGUAGAUUGCGACUGGAAAUUCGGAUUUCGAACAAACCCAAAAAUUUCAAACCUAUUUUGGCACAUUUCGUCUAUCAGAGGCGAUUUACAACCUCCUCGAAUGGCUACGUAUAUUUUCCUUGCUCAGAGAACUGGCGUUUGUACUAAUUUAACGCUAAAGAGGUCUUAGAAUGCCGGGUUCUCUGGUGCCAUCUACGCUGGUUAAAUAGCCGCACUGGAAGAUAAAGGCAGGUUGGGUGCCUACCACCUCUCCAGUUUGAGAGACGCAAAAUUCGUCGAUGAAGCGCAUUAUUGUAUGGAUCUGUUCCUGCUUAUACACCCGCCG